CCUGUCUCUCCCUCUGGGCCUGCCCGUCUUAAAGGCGAGCGCAAAUCAUCUCGCUUGUCAAACCAGUGACUUCUUCAGCCUCCCGACGCCCCCCGGCCGCUCUAUCACCCAUCCUCCUCCAUUCUCGCCUGCUCCUCUCCAGCGCCCGCCUGUAUCUGGCAUUCUUUUCUUCUCGCUGUCGCUUCUAGAUUUCAUCUUUCAAUUCUUCAUCGCAAGAACAAAAGGAGCACUCCCACGUUUUGAGAACCCUUCCCUUCCAGCCGGCCCCCCUCUUUCAUCCCGACUUUUGGCCUGACCUGUGUGUGCUUGCUUGCCGCCUGCGCCUGUCUGCCAGCCGCACCCGUCCUCUCUUGCUUCUGCUCGAGCCCGCCCCCUUGCCCAGCCUCUCUUCUGCUCCGACCGCCUUCAUCUCGCACGGCGACGACGCGACGCAAAGACCGUCUGGACAGACUCUCUGCCCGGCUUCCUCUUGUCCCUUUUCCAUUUUAUCUGAUUUUAUCUCGCCCGCCGUUGCCACCACCCCGUCACUUCGCCGAGCGUGCGCACCCACUUCGGCAGCUGCCAGGGUCCCCAACAACGCUCCACGGGACAAAGCAAGGGGCCUUCCCAGGCCGUCGAACUCGAUUAGGACAUCUGAAAUGUCUCGCGACGCACCAGUCAAGACAUCUGCACCAGUACAAGGCUCCAAAGAAAAAGAGAUGCUUGCCCCUGAGGAUGGGACGGGUGCGAAGAAGGGGAGGGGGCUUCUGCACGUUCCUUCAAGGUCGUCGUCGCAAAGAAUCCAGCCAUCCCCGACGGCAACCGGCCUGAGUGGCGCGACCGCCGGCGACCCGAGGGACAGCGUUGACGGGCAGUCGAAGGAGUCCAAGGGGAGCAAGUUCGGCCGCCGACGCAACGGGAGCGCAUCUAGCAACCACUCGGCUGUCGUCAACAGCCAGAGCAACACUCCAGCCAACUCCCAGCCUAGCUCGCCUGCCGUUCAGACCCCGAAGCGCAAGAAGGGCGGGCUGUUGGCGCUGUUUGGCUGCUGUGGCGUGCCCGAUACCGCGAACGCCCUCGAAAAUGGCGACCACCCGCUCCCGAACCACAAGGUCGAGAAGAUACCCACUCGUCCCCCCACCAGCCGGAGGACAGCGACUCCGUCUGACCAGCCCAGCUCGAGCAAGACGCAGAUUUACGAGAAGGAGCAGACGCAGCCGGCCCAGAGCAACUCCGACUCGUCCAGGACGAAGCGCGCCUCCGCCUCGACGAACCAAGACCAGUCCACCGUGGGUGACCGGGACGCGGAAUCAAAGCAAGCUGCACAGCCUGGCAGCAGCGCUCCCGUGGUGACGGUCGAUCCUCCUCGCCCGCUCGGCGCCGAUGCUUCUAAGCCCUCCGGUGGUGCCAGUGCCUCCCAACCGCCUCCACAAGACGACGAUGGUGACGUGGAGAUGAAGGACGAGGAGUCGUCUCAAGUCCCGGCAGCCCAGCAAAACACCGACGAACUGCCCCAGAAGCUGCCUCCUCCGCCUCCAGGACCGAUCCCUGGAACGGACGCCGGUAACUCGGGCUCAAACACUGAGACUGCCGUGGUCCCCGCGCCACCGCAGCAGCCCGAACAGAAGUUUCUUCUCCCCCCAAUCCAGCCCCAGUUUAAGGGCAAGAAGUGCCUCGUCCUCGACCUCGACGAGACUCUAGUUCACAGUUCUUUCAAGAUUCUCCACCAAGCCGAUUUCACGAUACCCGUGGAAAUUGAGGGAAAUUAUCACAACGUCUAUGUGAUCAAGCGCCCAGGUGUCGACCAGUUCAUGAAGCGAGUUGGGGAGCUUUACGAAGUUGUCGUGUUCACGGCGUCGGUGUCCAAGUAUGGCGAUCCGCUGCUCGACCAGCUCGACAUCCACAAGGUUGUCCACCACAGGCUCUUCAGGGAGAGCUGCUACAACCACCAGGGCAACUACGUCAAAGAUUUGUCUCAGGUUGGCAGGGACCUGAAGGACACUAUCAUUAUCGACAACUCGCCUACGUCGUAUAUUUUCCACCCCCAGCAUGCGGUUCCCAUCAGCAGUUGGUUUUCGGACGCGCACGACAACGAAUUACUAGACUUGAUACCCGUUCUCGAGGACCUGGCCAGCUCCAACGUACAGGACGUUAGCUUAGUUCUUGACGUCACUCUUUGAGGCUCUUGUAGCCUGUUCCCUUUGUCCUUCUCGUUUACUUCUCUCCUGCCUUUUCUUUCCCGCUGUCAACACCCCGCAAUAACACCAGUCUCUUCUAUUGCAGCAGAUUUCAGAACUUGUCCCUCAUAGCGGAAGGCGUUUGGACGAUAUUGCUGGUUGCCGUGUAAAUGCUCUACUGUUUAAUAUCCUAUACAUAUCACGACAGCUUCUAGAGCGGUCCAGCAGCUUGGAGGGGCGCCAGCGUCGGGAACCGAAGCCCAAGUCGAGCCUGACUUCCUUUGGUCAGAGCAGGCAUUGAGCCAACAGUCUGUGCCUACUUCUCUCUACUCUUUACCCCCAUUUCUCUCGUUUGUUCCCUUUUCUUUUGGUUGAGCAAAAUGUGGGAUGUUUGAGCCAGGGACCAGGCCUCCUCAGCCACCUCCAAGCCUAGGCCUGGAUUUCCUUGCUAUUGAUGGCGAUGCCGGGCAGAAAAUGGGAUUGGGGUCCCUCGAUCGACAAUAUGUCAUAUCACAUAUACCAAGUCAGGCGGGUUCUUUUCUGGGAGGGAUUUCCUUGCUCUGGAAUUUGUCGUUUUCAUUUAUUCUUAAGACUUCAUUCCCCCCUGUUGGCUUCGACUCGUGUUUUUCUUUCCGCCUCCUUGAUCUUCUUCAUUCGGACGCCUGUUCUCGGCGUCCUAUUUCUGGUUGGUUGUCGCCGGCGAAGUGUGAGUUGGAGAGUAACGAUGGGCAAAUCCAAAGACAGGAGAGAAGGAGGCGACACCAAGGCAAGAUAGUCGCAUGUAACGACCAGAUAUUCUGCAGGCAGACUGGGCUGGCGGCACGGCACACCUCACUCCCUGGGAUGAUCCGAGCAAACCUCACCCAUUCUAUGCCUGGAUCAAUAACCGAGGACAGUCCCGCACCGCCAAGUUACGGAGGAGGAUGACAUGUGGUUAUAGCAGCCAACGUGUAAAUCUGGUUUUUAUAUUACAGAGUAGAAAUAUGGCCAUGUUUUUGUUCUUUUCGCUUCCUUGUUGGCAGUUUCAGCGCAACAAUGGCCUAUUCACUCCUCGG